GGAUUUUAUUUGUAUUACUAAAGAAAGAAUAUGGAAUACACAAGGAGACGACAUACGAUUAAGCGUGAUAUAAAUAGUCUUGAAGAAAUAUAUCCUCACGACGUUCAGUUGUAUCAAACACCACCAACUGGUGAAGUUGAAUUGAGUGAGUUUCAAGAAUUGGCUGUUGAAAGAGUUAAAGUUCUUCAACUAGUGGAAUCUAUAAUUGCAAGAACAGAUCUUAAAAAUUCUGAGGCACGCAGAACCGCACUGCAUCAGGAUUUAAAGAAGAAUGGCUUCACUUACUACGCUAAAUUAUUAAAUGGUCAAGGAUGUUCUUCUCAUAGUGAUAUUGAACUUCAAGCAAGAAGGAGAGAUCACAUUUCACAUUUUAUAUUAACAUUGGCAUACUCUCAGAAUAUGGAAUUUCAGAAGUGGUUUUCUAUUAAUGAAGUGGAGUUUUUUAAAUGGAGAUUUUCUGGUUUGAACAAAGAGGGAAUUAUAAAAUUGUUAAUACUGAACAAUUUCAAUUAUACUCCAAUAUCACAAUGUGAGAAGGAUGAACUUCGAGACUUGCUUCAUAUCUCUACAUUGUCAGUUAAUAAUAUUGACACUACUGACUUUUAUAAACUGCCUUUUCAAAACGUGAUUGAUUUAAUUAGAAGUCGUAAAGUUUAUUUGAACAAAGGGAUGGCCUAUAUUCCACAGAAGGAGCUGGUCUCAAUCUUUGUUACUUAUUUUAAACGACACUUAAAGUCUCAGUUCAAUUAUGCAUCUGAAUGUUUAGAGAAUAUUUCAAAUGAUAUGAGAAUAAGUUCGUUUUUAAAAAAUCUUCCAAAUUGUUUUACUGGUAUGACCCGAGUAGUAUGGAGCACUACUUCUACACCUAUUGAAAAGUUGGACGAGUUAUCACAAUCAUCGUAUCCUCUAUGUAUGAGGACACUUCACGAAACUCUGAGAACUAAUCAUCAUCUGAAGCAUUCUGGAAGACUUCAAUAUGGUUUAUUUCUUAAGGGCAUCGGUAUCAGUUUGAAGAACGCCGAGAGAUUUUGGAGAGAGGAAUUCACAAAAGUAAUGGAUAUUGAUAAAUUUGAAAAACAAUAUAGUUAUACAAUUCGACAUGCUUAUGGUAAAGAAGGAAAACAUACUAAUUAUACUCCUUACGGAUGUAAUAAAAUAAUAAAUACAACCGUUGCAUCUGGAGAGUAUCAUGGUUGUCCAUAUAAACAUAUGAAUAUUGAUGUACUUCGGAAAAAAUUGUUGAACAUUGGCAUGUCAAUAGCUGAUGUGCAAGAAAUAACAACAUUAUCAACGGGUGGUCAUUAUUUGUUAGCUUGUACAAAAUAUUUUGAAUUUGUUCAUAAAUCUCCACCUUCUCAUACUUUUAUGCAUCCCAAUGGAUACUUUGUAGAAAGUCAAGAAAUAUUAACAAAUAGAGGAAAUUCUAAAGCGGAUGUUGCAAGUGCGGAAAAUUCAAACAGACUUCCUGCGAUAAAGCGGCAGAAAACCAAAUCUAUUGCGGAAGAGGAUCACGAUAUGUUAUUUUAAUAUGACGGGUUUAGAUUUCGUGGAUUAAAAAAAAAAGUCAGAUUAACCUAAGUUUAUAUUAGUCUUUAUUGAUUUGUUUUUUCUCUGUAUCGGCGUCCUUUAAGAAAAUAAAUAUUUUUCUUAGAA